AGAACCUCUGUCUCCGAAGGGCCGGUCGGCGCGCACGCGCAGUGGCAGGGCGCCCUCCCAUGCGCUGUGUUUACAAUCGAGGGCUGCCCGGGCCGGUGAGGGGGCGAUACUUCCGGCCCUCAGGUGGCCGCGUGCCUUUCCGCUGACGUCUGAGGGUUUUAGGUAUCGGUCAUGUGACAGUCGGGGUCGCCAUGUCUGCUCUGUGUCCUCCUCCUUCUCCUGCUGUUGCCAAGACUGAGAUUGCCUUGAAUGGAGAGUCCCCAUUGCUGGCUGCUACUUUUGCCUACUGGGACAAUAUUCUUGGUCCCAGGGUCAGACACAUCUGGGCCCCCAAAACAGACCAGCAGCUUCUCAGUGAUGGAGAAAUAACAUUUCUUGCAAACCAUACUCUGAAUGGGGAAAUACUUCGUAAUGCAGAAAGUGGUGCAAUAGAUGUGAAGUUUUUUGUUUUGGCUGAGAAAGGAGUCAUUAUCGUGUCCUUAAUUUUUGAUGGGAAUUGGAACGGGGACAGAAGUACAUAUGGACUAUCGAUAAUCCUUCCACAAAGUGAGCUUGGCUUCUACCUUCCCCUUCACAGAGUAUGUGUCGACAGGCUGACACAUAUUAUAAGAAAAGGACGGAUAUGGAUGCACAAGGAAAGGCAAGAACACAUUCAGAAGGCUGUCCUGGAGGGCACAGAGAGAAUGGAAGACCAGGGCCAGAGCAUCAUUCCAAUGCUGACAGGGGAAGUUAUUCCUGUAAUGGAGCUCCUUUCAUCUAUGAAAUCACACAGUGUUCCAGAAGAAAUAGAUAUAAGUGACACAGUGCUUAGCGAUGAUGACAUUGGAGACAGCUGUCACGAAGGUUUCCUCCUUAAAGCCAUCAGUUCACACUUGCAGACGUGUGGCUGCUCGGUAGUUAUAGGAAGCAGUGCAGAAAAAGUUAAUAAAAUAGUACGGACACUGUGCCUCUUUCUUACUUCAGCAGAGCGAAAGUGUUCUAGGCUGUGCAGAAAUGAAACUUCCUUUAAGUAUGAAUCGGGGCUUUUUGUGCAAGGAUUACUGAAGGAUGGCACUGGAAGUUUUACAUUGCCUUUCCGUCAAGUCAUGUAUGCUCCGUAUCCUACCACGCACAUUGAUGUAGAUAUCAACACCGUGAAACAGAUGCCUCCUUGCCAUGAACAUAUCUAUAAUCAGCGGCGGUACAUGAGAUCGGAGCUCACAGCUUUCUGGAGAGCCACUUCAGAUGAAGAGAUGGCUCAGGAUACCAUUAUCCAUACAGACGAGAGCUUCACCCCUGAUCUGAACGUUUUCCAAGAUGUCCUUCACCAAGACACUUUAGUAAAAGCCUUUCUGGAUCAGGUCUUUCAUUUGAAACCUGGAUUGUCCCUGAGGCGUGUGUUCCUCGCACAGUUCUUGUUAAUCCUUCACCGAAAAGCCUUGACCCUAAUCAAAUAUAUAGAAGACGAUACGCAAAAAGGCAAGAAGCCUUUUAAAUCGCUCCGUAGCUUGAAGAUAGACCUGGACUUGAGGGCAGAGGGUGACCUUAACAUAAUAAUGGCCUUAGCUGAGAAGAUCAAGCCGGGAUUGCAUUCAUUUCUGUUCGGCCGUUCUUUCUACACUAGCGUGCAAGAGCACGACGUUCUAAUGACGUUCUAAUGAGGUUUAUUUUUUUUAUGUGAGUUGGUAUCUCUUCACAAUGCUUCUCAAAUGUAUUGUUUAAAGGGAAUAUAGCAUUUCUCUUCACAAACACGUGUUGUGGUCCGGUGCAACAGAAUGUGUGGUUAACACUACAACAGUCUUUUUCCCCGGCCCAGUGCCGUCCAGCUGUUGUUGUUGGACUCAAACUACCAUCAGUCCCACCCAACAUGGCCUGUGGUCAGGGACGAUGGGAGUUGUAGUCUGCCAAUGUUUGGAGCGGGGUAUCAUUGCGGGGAAGGCUGCAGAAAAAGUCAGAGAGUGCUGUUUAGACCUGCGCAAUCCAGGUAGAGCAAGGUUUCUCACCUGCCUUCUGAACACCAAGUGCCACUGCUGAUUCCUGAGAGGGGAAGGAAGCUCAGUGUGGUUGGGGUUUGGCAGUAGGAGUGUUGGGUUGGCUCUGCCACCAUGCCGCUUUGUUCCCUGUGCCUCUCCCUCUUGGGAGCUGGCAGCAAUAUUCUGUGUUUGGAAAGCAGGCAAACAACCCUGUGCCACCCCACCAGUUGCUACUGGAAUCGAGUCAGUUCAACUUAGGCAUGCAUCAGAUGUUCCAUUUUGAUUACAGGGAGAGUAAACAUUGGUGUGGUUUGUUUAAAGGUUAACUUAAUGGCAUUUUCGAAACCACAAAGUUGAGGACAACUUUUAAUGGGUUUUUAAGAGGAUAUUGGUUUAUAAUUUUUCUUCGUGUGUGUGGUAUUGGGAGACACGUUCCAUUUCCUCCUUUCUGUCCAGGGACUGUUGAUUGCAAAACAAAUGGUCAAACGUAAUUUUAGGACUAUCGCUUCUAGUGUGUUUGGUAAUAUGAACAGUGCCAUCUGCUUUUUCUCCCUGCCCCCAAAGCCAGCAGAAACUUGUGUGACAUCUUAAGCACUUCAACACAGGCAUGGAACAGGCAAUGUGGCAGUACUUUUAGAUGGUGUAAUCAAAAGUGCCAAGCAAGUGUCGGGCAAGACUAUUCUAUUGCUAAUUAUGUCACCCACCAUGCAUGUUGCACUGUGUUUUGUCAAACACUGGUGCAAGUCAAACAGAGUGCAAAUUAGGAAAGGUAAGGAGCAAUUGGCAAGCUUUUUCUGAUGAGCUACUGAGUGAAAGCCAUAUAAAAAUCUCCCGGAUCUCCAAUGCUUCUGAGCAGUUUGGGGGGAGGGGACUGGUUAGAGACAAACUUAGUUGGUACCACAACUGAAAUAAGGGUAGUAGUGGCAAAUUUCUACUUUUCCUCUUCAACUCUAGCAUAUUUACCUCUUACCUCUCAGCUUCUUCUAAACUGAAAAAAGAUAAACAUUAUGUAUUUGCCUGUUUUCCACUGCCUUUCAUACCUGUAUAAUAUGGAAUAUUUAUAAUGGCUUUAAUGUACAUGUUUUGCAAAAUGCAAAGAGCUGCCAUAAAAGUGCAUGCCAUGUACUUCAAAAGGUUUUAAAUGCAUGCUGCUGUUUUUUAAUUUCAUUUUUUAAUUGUUUGCCGGGUUGGGGUUGUUCCAAUACGCUAAUAUGUUUCUUUAAGUGCAAUAUUUUGUGUUCAUGAUUAGGGAAAACUUACUGUCAGAAAGACAUCUCUAGCUGUUACUGAGCAUUCCUUAUUAUUAAUUCUUAUUUUCUUGGAAACCUGUUCUUCCUUCUCAUCUGAUGGCUGUGGCCCACAUGAUGGUGAUGGCUCAGAUGAAGGGUAUCCAAUUUAACUUUUGCAUCUUGGGAAGUUGUGAUUGCCAAACUUUCCCCUGUAGUAAAAUGAGCAAGGUGCAGUAUCUUAUGUGAAGCUAACUGCAUACAACAGACUCCCACCGAUCAUUGGCUUAUUACAGCCAGUAAUUUAAUUUGUAAAGAUGUAAAGUUGCCAUGUCAAAAGACUAAAUAUUAUUGUGGAGGUGUGGGGCCUGACAAAGCAGCUUUUACUCUUUGGGAAGACAGGGAUGAGGGCAGUAGAAGCUAGGCAGUAAUGAGAAAUGCCUCUUAGCUCAGGGUAGGUAGGUGUCAUGGGUGAGCAAGAAAUAACAUCCCAGUGAAUGGCCUGAGCAUAACUCUGGUGGCCUGUCAAUAGCUCUACUGUUUAGAUUAAAAGUCCUGUGCAGCCAUAACAAGAAGAUAGACAACUGACAUUUUUCUGUCUUAGGGUUAGUGAUAAAUUUAGAGGGAAUACUGUCAGACCAUGAAGAUAAUUGUGUUCUUUUCCAUAACUUAUUUUACAGAGUAAUAGUCCUAGGUGUUGGUUUAAAAGCAGCUUAAAGAUUUGAAACUAAUAUAGUAUCCAUUUACCUGGGAUUUUCUGUAUUUUCAUGCUGCUACGUAUGUGGAUUGCAAGGUGCUUGAAAAAUAUCAGUACAAUUAUUGCUGAUAUAAUAUAGUAAUGAGACAAAUUCCAUUUGCCAUUAAAAAAAGCAUACUAGGGAUAGCAAGCUAUAUUUUAAUGUUGUUGUUGAAGCGGGUUUAGAGUUCUGAUGAAUAAAUACAGGAGACAUUGCCACACAGAGAACACAUUAUUGAACCAUAUGCCUAAUUGUAGAUUGAUGCAUUUUUGGCAAAUAAAACUGGCACUACCAAAAAGAAAUCUCUGUUGCCUGAAAUAUAUCCUAGUGUCAUAUUUUCAUUAUGAAAUGUCUAAAUGCUAGUAAUUUGCUCUGAUUUUUUGGUGCACUUUCCCCAUGCAUGUACAUUAUAAUAAAAUGGAUAAAUACCUCCAUAUUUUGUGUUGCACAUCUUAUUGCUCAGGGUAUUAUUAGGCUGUUGAAAGCAAUAUUGCAAGAAGAUUCAUUUACCAAAAGGUAUUGGCUGCAAUAUGCAUUGUCUCAGACAGCAGCACUACACUUUCUCCAGCACCUGUGUCACAGCACCAUCCAUAGGGACGCAACUAUAAUGCAAAACAGCACCAGUUCCUCCCUUUAGCUAAUUUACUGAUCCAAGUAUUUGUUUCUUGUAACACCAGUGCAGCUUGUUUUCUCUAGGCUGCAAGUUGGUGCUAUAUCCAAACUAUUGGUACUGGGAUUUCACCAGCAAUCCUGUCACAUAUUGAAUUGGAACUGAAAUACGGUACUUUGAAGUACUUUAUUGUACAACUUGUAUACAGUGAGAUUACACAAGCAUCCCCACUCAUCUCUUAGUCUUAAUUCCUCUCGUUUACUGAUGCACACCAAAGAAUGCUCCAACUACCACACAAUUGCACUCAUUUCACACGCUAGCAAGGUUAUGCUUAAACUUCUACAAGGCAGUCUUAGGCAGUAUGUGGACCGAUACCUCCCAGAAGUGCAAGCUGGAUUUCGUAGGGGCAGAGGAACCAGAGACCAAAUAGCAAACAUGCGCUGGAUUAUGGAGAAAGCUAGAGAGUUCCAGAAAAUCGUCUACUUCUGCUUCAUUGACUAUGCAAAAGCCUUUGACUGUGUCGACCACAGCAAACUAUGGCAAGUUCUUAAAGAAA